AGCUGUUGGGUUACUGUAUGUUGCCUUUAUUAUGUUUAGGUAUGUUCCUUGUAUCCCUGCUCUCCUUAAGACCUUUAUCAUGAAGGUGUGUUGAAUUUUGCUGAAGGCUUUUUCAGGGUCUAGUGAGAUGAUCAUGUGGUUUUUUCCUUUCAGUUUGUUUAUAUGGUGGAUUCUGUUGACGGAUUUUCAUAUGUUGAACCAUUCCUGCAUCUCUGGGACGGAGCCUACUUAAUAUGGAUUUUCCUGAAGGGCUGUCCAGCCUUGUCUUGGCAAGAUUUGACAGUCACUCUUUUUUGUGUCCUGUUUGUCUAUUUUGGACAGCAUACUGUCAGCAGUCAAGGACACAGCUUAGAUGUGACCUCCAGUGCUGCGGUAGUGCGGGCCUUCCUGCAGGGAGGCCACAACGAGAUAGACACUGCCUUUGUGUAUGCUGAAGGCCAGUCGGAGAGCAUCCUGGGAGGCCUGGGUCUUGGGCUAGCUCCCAGCGGCCACAAAGUGGAAAUCGCCACAAAGUCUGUUCCAACCCUUGGGACAUCAAGCACACUUGACAAUAUUCGGUUCCAGCUGGAGACAUCACUGAAGAGGCUGCGGUGUCCCCAGGUGGACCUCUUCUAUUUACACAUGCCAGACCACAGCACCCCUAUAGAAGACACACUGAAGACCUGCCACCAGCUGCAUCAGGAGGGCAAGUUUGUGGAGCUUGGCCUGUCCAACUAUUCCUCCUGGGAGGUGGCUGAGAUCUGUACCCUCUGCAAGAAAAAUGGCUGGAUCCUGCCAACUGUCUACCAGGGCAUGUACAAUGCCACCACCCGGCAGGUGGAAAAAGAACUCUUCCCCUGCCUCAGACACUUUGGAUUGAGAUUCUAUGCCUACACCCCUUUGGCAGGGGGCCUGCUGACUGGCAAAUACAAAUAUGAAGUAGAAAACGGAAAGCAGCCCUUGAGCCGCCUCUUUGGGAAGAAAUGGGAUUAUUUCUACAGGGACUGCUUCUGGAAGGAAAACUACUUAAAGGGCAUUGACCUUGUGAAGAAGUCCUUGAAUACCACCUAUGGUGGCAGCGCCCCCAGCCUGACCUCGGCUGCCCUGCGCUGGAUGUACCACCACUCACAGCUCCAGGAAGUAUGGUCUCACACUGUAGCCCAGGCUGAACUGGAACUCACUAUAUAGGCCAGGCUAACCUCUAGCAUGAAGCAGUCUUCUCAAACAUGACCCAUCACACUCAGCAAGGUCAUCUAUUUUAGUGUACAGCGCUGAGGGUUUUGACAGCUGCACACAGUCUUGAGUCACCACACAAUCAAACUACAGUCCCAUCACCCAACACAGCUCUUCAUGACCCCCUCUCCCAGAGGACGCUGGUAAACUGUGGCAUUGUCUUCUGGUACUGGAGUGUUGUGGGUACCCAUAAGAAAAGACUGCUCACACUGGGUUUAAACAAUGUCUCCAUUAGCCAGCCAGUGACUAAAGUAAGUACUGGGGAUUCCAGUGUAGCCCUGAGCCUUUCUCAGGGUGAGCUUUUAAGCAAAAAAGCCAUGUCCGGGGUUCACAUGCUUCAGUUAACAAGGACAGUUAAGCAGUAACAGAAUUCCAGAGGACAAAAGCAAAGUUAAUACAAAUUCCCAGAACUAUGGAAUUUGAUGGCUUAGGUGUUUGUCUUUAAUUUGGAAGGUGGUGCCUUCUCCAUGCUGAGUUUUGUGGCCUGAAUGGGAUUUCCAUUAUGAGUCAGUGGUGCUAAGUUCUGGGGUCCUGUUACAGGAGGGCACAGAGGGCACUAGACACUCUGGAUCUGUGGUUAGGUUGUGAGCUGCCACAUGAGUGCUGGAAACCACACUGGGUCCCCUUGAAGAGCAGCCAGUGCUUUUGCCUCCUGAGCCAUCUUUCUAUCCCUUUUGUGUUUUCUGUACCUCUAGAGUUUUCUUCGCAGCAGUGUCACACAUACAGAAUCAUGGUGUGUGGCCCCAAGCCUGGCUUCUUUCAGCUGCUGAGAUUAAUCUGUUACUGAAUGUAAGUUUAUAGCUUACUUAGUUGCCCACUCUCU